GCAGCAGAAGUGAGAGAGGGACCAAUGAGCUGAAAGAGGGCUCAAUCAAUCUGCUUCCUCUGUUUCUGGUUCGGUGCUUCAUACAGGAAAUCUAUUGCUGUGUCAAGUUCCAAAGAAGAGUGUCUUCUGUUCCAACUUACUAAUCAGCCUAACACACAGAGUGGAGGGAAGAGGCUGGAAGGAGAAGUGUCCCUGCUGCUGAUGGGCUAAGAGGAUCCGGCACAGAGCCGCUGACCAGAGGAGAGCCCCACCAUGUCCACAGCUCCUUUCAUACCUGUGUGGAGGCAGAGUACUCAGUAGAGGGCACAAUACGAGAGAUCAGAAAUGCCCUGUGCGGGGAGGACUUUUGAGCUAUGGCUUCUACUGGGUUUGACCAUCUUCUGUGUGUUUGAGUGCAUAGGUACAGGAGCAGAAAGUCCUGGUACACCAAACAACUUAACACAGUACCAAAUGGCUUCAACAAAUAUGUUACCUGUGGAAAGAAAGCAGAAAAGCAUCACACCUCCUGUGGAAGCCAACACUUCUCUGUCUGUAUUUGUGGAUACAAGGGUUGUGCUCCAUUGCCCUAAUGCCACCUCGGAUGCUGUGGUAGUAACAUGGUCAGUAGCCUUCAGAGACAAGACUUCCUGCACCAGAGCCUACAGGACAGAUAACAACAAGACCAGUGAAAAAACUUGUACAGACGAGAGAAUAUCCUGGGACUCCAGACCCGAUCAGAACUUUGCCCUUCGGAUUAAUCCCGUGGCCAUCACUCAUGAAGGAUAUUACAAGUGUGAAGUGGUCACACCUGAUGGGAAUUUCUGUCAUGGGCAUCACCUCCGAGUGUUAGUGCCCCCUAAGGUGACCCUGUCUCUAGGCGAGAAUGGAACUACCGUGUGCUGGGCAGUUGCAGGGAGCCCAGCUGCACAGAUCUCCUGGACCCCAACGGGAGAUUGUCACACUGUGGAAGAACGACUGGACAAUGACACAGUGACCGUGCAGAGUACAUGCCACUGGGAGGACCGCCAGGUGUCUGAGGUGUCCUGCUUUGUCUCCCAUGUGACUGGCAACAAGAGUCUGUCCAUUGAGAUGAAUCCAGGUCACAAAUCACCACUAAAUUGGAAUAUUCUAUAUAUCAUCCUCUCUAUUUUGAUUUUAUUCAUCAUCAUAGGUUCCAUUUUGCUGUUCAAAAUCUGUGGCUGCAGAAAAUGCAAAUUAGGAAGAAAAGAAGCCACUACAGUUGUUGAGGAGGAUGAAAUGCAGCCCUAUGCCAGCUACACAGAAAAGAACAAUCCACUCUACGAUACUGUGAGCAAGGGAUGAGGUCUCAGGUGUUACAAAGUGAAGUUGAGGGCUGUAUGUCUCCAUACUUCAUAAAUUACUGGAAUCUAACAGCAGGACAAAAGAAUUAAGAUAUAGCACAGCUACUAUUAUGCUUUUCUUAGAGUUCUGACAAGGAAACCCUAUUUUGAGAUUAGCUUUUCAAAGAUUCUGAGAAGACACUUAAAGGUUUGAAUUCAUAUCCUUAUACAAUUGAAAUUUUUAGAAUGUUAGCUGAUAUUAGCUAUUUCUCUGAAGAACUGAUAUUGAUACAAAGAAAACAAAUGCUCAUGAUAAAGCUCAAAUUGUUCAGUAUGGUAGAUAAUGAAAAUUGAGUUUCCUCAAGAAGGAAAUCUGCAGAAGGAACAAUCAACAUCUUUUAUGUAUUCAUCCAGAAAAUUUUAUGUACAUAUAUAUCUGUACACCGAAGGUAUGUGUGUACAUUUAUGUCUAUUUACAUAUCAUACCUAUCUCCUUGUUAAGACAAAGAUGGGAAUAUAUCAUGAUGCUCCUCUGUAGUUAUAGAAAGCUAAUAAUAUAAUAGGUCUUGGAGACCUUUUAUAUCAAUACAAGCAGAGCUACCUCAUUCUUUUUAAUGGUUGUAAAAUUCCAUUAUAUGGCUAAAUCAUAAUUUAAUUAACCACAGCCCUAGUGAUAAAAAUUUAGGUUGUUUUAAGUUUUUUUGUUUGUUUGUUUUGGUAUUAUAAACAAUACCAUGUAGAAUGUUAUUUGUGGAUAUGUCUCUUUGUAUUUGUUUAAGUAUAUUUAUAGAAUAACUUCCCUGAGUGGAACUUCAGGUCAAAAGGGUUUGUGCAUUUUUUUAUUGAUGGAUAUGUCAGAUUGAACCAAUUCUCAUUCUGUCAACUGUGUUUGAAUGUGCCUUUCCAUAUACUAUUAUUUUAAUAUCUGCAAGAUUCCCACUUCUUGUUUUUAACCAACAAGUUAACAAAUAUGGUUUAAGGCUAUAAUAAAAAUUACACUA